UCAGCAUGUAAUGGCAUAGGAUUCCCAAACAUUCUCUGCAUUUUAUUCAAGUUUGUUUAUGAUUACUGAUAAUUCAGUAGAUAAAAAUACUCCAUACUCGUCUAAACCACUAUCACAUAAAGCUUCUCCAUUCAUUUGCAACACGCACCCUUUCAAGCCCAAGAUGAGUAGGUUGACUUUCACCAUCCAUCUUCUCUUGGCAUUGCUUCUGCUUGUAGCUUCUCAACAACAUUUCCCAUCCAUUAUCAAGGUUCAGGCUAUUGAAGCAGUUCAUUUCAAACUGAAGCCUCGACAGCUCACCUCAAAAUUACACGUGGGAGACGACUUACCAAAUUGGGUUGCAGAGAAGAGGAUUCAUAAGAGUUCAUCAGGACCCAACCCAGUAGGCAAUCGCAACCCACCAUCUAAGCAAUGAGUCAACAGAUGCACUUGUUAGCACAGCAAGUAGACUGAGGUCCACGGUGUUCUAUUAAAGCAUGAGAAUAUCAGCUGGUAUUCAUUUAGGUUGAGAAAACCUGAUUCCUUGGUUUUCAUGCUUGUAUAAAAGAUGAAAUUAAUUUAGAUUCGUUAUCUUAGAACAAUUUUCGAUGAAGAAA